AGACGUGCAAUGCUACCGUAAAUACUGAGAUGUUCACUUGCAAUGCAGACCUGGCAAUUCUGAAGCUGGGAGCCCUUCCUCCGCCACUAGUGCCAGCCUCUGCCCUUCCCUGUAGGAUCCAGCAGUCAGCCUUCCUACGUGCUGGAGAAAAGAACAAAUUCUGCAGCCAUUGAAGAAGCAUCAACAGAAAAUUGCAUGAGACCAGACUGAUACCCAGCUGAUUCUCUUUUCCAAAAUGAUUUUGCUUCAUAGCCUCACUUUAAUUCGUUAAUUGUGAGGCACCUCCUGGACUAGGGGUCCGUGUAACUGACUGUAGAGAAGCGGGAGGACAGCAAUUCUGUAACUGCUGAGAAGUUUCUCCCCGUUUCAUAAGAAAAGCCAUGACUCAGUUUCCCCAGUUGACUGAUGUUGCUGAUGCCCCUGUGGAUAAUCCUUUGAGAGGUCACGCUCACUGACUCACUCACCCAGGGCUUAUGUGGUCGUCUGGACAUCAGGGAGAUGGAAGAUUCCUCGAUGUUCUCCGGCUCCAUGAGGUCACUGCCGCUGCUUGGCUUCACCAUUUUCCUCAUUUCUCUUCACAUUCACCGGCUGGACUCAGUGAGUUUCAAGGUGAUGGGACCCGAUGGCCCCAUCAGGGCACUUGUGGGAGAAGAUGCUCUGUUACCCUGUCACCUCUCCCCCAGGAUGAGCGCUGAGAGCAUGGAGGUGCGCUGGUUCCGAUCCACAUUCUCUGCAAUUGUCCAUCUCUAUCGGGAUGGGAGAGAUCAGGUUGGCCAGCAGAUCGCAGCGUAUCGAAGCAGGACGAAGCUACUGAAGGACAGUAUUGCUAAUGGGACUGUCUCCUUGAGGAUACACGACAUCACCCCCUCUGAUGAAGGGACUUACGGCUGCCUCUUCCAAUCACCCACCUUUUACGAAGAAGCUGUGUUGGAACUGGAGGUGGCUGGUCUGGGCUCCACCCCUCACCUUUCUGUCGAUGGCUACCAGGAUGGAGGGAUCCACGUGGUGUGUGAAUCGGCUGGAUGGUAUCCGGAGCCCCAAGUGCUGUGGAGAGACCUCAGUGGGCAGCGACUAGCACCAGUGAUGGAGAAAAUAUCCCAGCAGGCUGACAGGCUGUUUGAUAUUCACAUUGCUGCUGUUAUAACAGAUGCUUCGAAACAGAACCUGUCCUGCUCUGUCCUCAACCCCCGUCUCGGCCAAGAGAAAACAGCGAAGCUGCACAUAGCAGAUGUGUUCCUCCCAAGGACCUCUCCCUGCCAGGUGGCUCUGUCGGUGACCCUGGCUGGUGUGUUUUUUCUCAUCCUCUUGGCCAGUUACUGCUUCUGGAAGCAGCACAGAGCAAAAGACGCUCAGCAAGCUGAACUGAAGAAAGAGAUACAAAAUCUGCAAUCUGAACUGGAGAAAGAGAGAGAGAUUCUGCGCUCUGAGCUGGAGAACGAGAGAGGGAAAUCCCUGGCUGAACUUGGCUGGAGUAAAGUCAGCAAAAAUGCAGCAAUGGUGAUUCUGGAUCCGGACACAGCUCAUCCCAGCCUCCUGGUCUCUGAGAAUCAGCGAUCUGUGAAAUGGAGGGGCCUGCAGCAGGACAUGCCUGACAACCCCGAGAGAUUUGACAGUGAAACCUGUGUGCUGGGCUCGGAAGGGUUCGCCUCAGGGAGACACUACUGGGAGGUAGAGGUCGGGGGUGGUAGGACCUGGGCUGUGGGGGUGGCCAGAGAGUCUGUCAGGAGGAAAGGCUGGAUCAGCUUUUCUCCUGAGGAGAGCAUCUGGGCCGUGGAUCAGUGUGGGAGCCAUUACCGGGCUCGCACCUCCCCAGAGACCCUCCUGCCCCUGACUGCAAGCCCUGGGAGGAUCGGGGUGUAUCUGGACUAUGAGCGGGGCCUGGUGUCAUUUUAUCAUCCUGGUGUGGAGGCCCCGAUCUACACUUUCGCCUCCUCUUUCACUGGGCAGCUCCGCCCUUUCUUCUGGGUCUACUCCCCAAUCACGCUGUGUCCCUGAGAUAUGGCAUGGGGGGGAUAGCACCUCUCACUGGUCAAAGACUGUUUUGUUCUGUUGUUUUUCUGAAAUGGACUAAUUUUUCCUUUUUAAAUAUUUUCAUUAAACAUAAGAACGUCCGUACCGGGUCAGACCAAAGGUCCAUCUAGCCCAGUAUCCUGUCUACCGACAGUGGCCAAUGCCAGGUGCCCCGGAGGAAGUGAACCUAACAGGCAAUAAUCAAGUGAUCUCUCUCUUGCCAUCCAUCUCCACCCUCUGACAAACAGAGGCUAGGGACACCAUUCCUUACCCAUCCUGGCUAAUAGCCAUUAAUGGACUUAACCUCCAUGAAUUUAUCCAGUUCUCUUUUAAACGCUGUUAUAGUCCUAGCCUUCACAACCUCCUCAGGCAAGCAAUUCCACAGGUUGACUGUGCGCUGUGUGAAGAAGAACUUCCUUUUAUUUGUUUUAAACCUGCUGCCUAUUAAUUUCACUUGGUGGCCCCUAGUUCUUAUAUUAUGGGAACAAGUAAAUAACUUUUCCUUAUUCACUUUCUCCACACCACUCUUGAUUACGUUUUCCCAAUGUGUAUAACAGUACUUUGCAUUUAUCAGCACUGAAUUUCAUCUGCCAUUUUGUUACCCAGUCACCCACUUUUGUGAAAUCUCUUUGUAACUCUUUCCAGUGUUCUUUGUACUUCACUAUCUUGAGUAAUUUCUCAUCUGCAAAUUUUGACACCUCACUGUUUAUCCCUUUUUCCAGAUCAUAUAUGAAUUAGGGCUGUCAAGCAAUUAAAAAAAUUAAUUGUGA